UAUAUGAUACGGGCGCAUCAGGCACGAGAAACCUCCGCAAUUCUCCGGAUGAAAUGCAGGAAUCUCCUUAAGGAAAGCCCAGAACUAUUCAGAGAGUCUCCAGGGGCCUCUCUGCUUUUCACAUCACGUUACUCGACAAACUCCCUCUUGUUGCACAUAGUUUCUUUCAUUUUAGGACUAAUAAUUUAAAAUCCGACCUCUAUCCUGGAGUCUCUUUUUAGACUUUAACAUCAUCUUUUCAAACCUCCAGUAUACUGGACACAUUUGUUCGAGGGUUUCCUAUCCUGUGACAUCAGUUAUGUUGUCAGGAUUGGUUAUUUGCAUUUUCUCUGAUCAUGUUAGAUAUAAAAUCAUGAAUGGCAGCAUGUCAGAAUGAUUCUCCACACCUAUGACACUGAGGGAAAAUGUGAUGCUGGGAAGUCUAAUCCAUGCCUUCAUCCUGCACUGAGAAGACUCACUCGCACGUCUGACCGCUGGAGGAAGGCUGAAACUUUUGAAGGCGCUGCGUAUAGUCGCGCGGACCCAGUGUGAGUGAACGGUGGGAUGAAACUCUUCUGUUUUUGCUUCAUUCCUCUCGUGCUGUCACGGACAUAUUUUACCUAGGAAGCAAACGGCAGCAGCUUCAACUAAUAAUGCGGCGUUAUUGAUCAUCGACAGGAGACAAUACCCAUCCCCUGUUUUCCAUACCUACAUAAUCACUGGAUAUCUGUAGACGAAGUGCGGACGAAGAGGCUUUUGUUCUGCGGUGUUACUCGCUUUGACAGGACUUGUUCCGUUGAUCAAUAUGACGUCUCCGGCUAAAUUCCGAAAGGACAAGGAAAUUAUAGCCGAAUAUGAAACGCAAGUUAAAGAGAUCCGAGCCCAGUUGGUGGAGCAGCUUAAGUGUUUGGACCAGCAAUGUGAGAUCCGCGUGCAGCUCCUGCAGGACCUGCAGGACUUCUUCCGCAAGAAGGCAGAGAUCGAGAUGGACUACUCCCGCAACCUAGAGAAACUAGCCGAGAGGUUCCUGGCCAAGACGCGCUACACAAAGGACCCUCAAUUUAAGAAGGAGCAGAAUGUCUUGUCUCCAGUCAACUGCUGGAACCUUCUCUUGGCUCAGGUGAAGAGAGAGAGUCGAGACCACGCCACUCUCAGCGAUCUCUACCUCAACAACAUCAUCCCACGCUUCGCCCAGAUCAGCGAGGACUCAGGACGCCUCUUCAAAAAGAGUAAAGAGGUGGGCCUCCAGCUACAGGAGGAUUUGAUGAAGGUCCUCAAUGAGUUGUACACGGUGAUGAAGACCUAUCACAUGUACAAUAUGGACAGCAUCAACGCUGAGAGCAAGCUGAAGGAUGCAGAAAAGCAAGAGGAGAAGCAGAUGAGCCGCAGUGUCCGACACGAGGACAGGCAGACACCGCGCUCACCCGACUCCCUCACCAGCAUCAAGAUCGAGGAAAAACAUGUGCGCCGCAGCUCCGUCAAGAAGAUUGAGAAGAUGAAGGAGAAGCGGCAAGCAAAAUACACUGAGAACAAGCUGAAAGCCAUCAAGGCCAGGAAUGAGUACCUUCUUGCUCUGGAGGCCACCAACAGCUGCGUGUUCAAAUACUAUAUCCAUGAUCUGUCUGACCUCAUAGAUUGCUGUGACCUAGGCUACCAUGCCAGCCUGAACCGUGCACUGCGUACCUACCUCUCGGCUGAGUUUAACGUUGAGACUUCCAAGCACAGUGGUCUGGAGACCAUCGAAAAUGCUGCAGAGAACCUGGAGGCCAACGCAGACAAACAAAGGCUCAUGGAGACCUACAACAAUGUCUUUUGCCCUCCGAUGCGCUUCGAUUUCCAGUCUCACAUGGGUGAUAUGGUGGGACAUAUGUGUGCCCAGCAGCCUGUACAGGUAGAGCUGAUCCAGAGAUGCCAGCAGCUACAGUCCCGCCUGUCCACACUGAAGAUAGAGAAUGAAGAGGUGAAGAAGACGAUGGAGGCCACUCUACAGACCAUCCAGGACAUGGUGACCAUUGAGGACUUUGAUGUGACUGACUGUUUCCACCACAGUAACUCAAUGGAGUCAGUCAAGUCCACUGUGUCUGAAUCUUUCAUGAGCAAACCCAGCCUAGCCAAGAGACGAGCCAACCAGCAGGAGACAGAACAGUUCUACUUCACGAAACUGAAGGAGUUUCUGGAGGGCAGGAACCUCAUCACCAAACUACAGGCUAAACAUGAACUGAUCCAAAAGACUCUGGGAGAAAGUCAGAAGACCGACUACUGCCUUGCCAGCGGACGGAGGAACUCCACUGUGCGAAAACAGGAGCCCAGCCAAAUCAUUCCCCUGAUGGUGGAGAGUUGUAUUCGCUUCAUCAGUCGACAUGGUCUCCAUCACGAGGGGAUAUUCAGGGUGUCUGGCUCCCAGGUGGAAGUCAAUGACAUUAAGAACGCCUUUGAAAGAGGUGAGGACCCGCUAGCUGGGGAUCAGAAUGAUCAUGAUAUGGACUCCAUCGCUGGAGUGUUAAAGCUCUACUUCAGGGGCCUGGAGCACGCCCUCUUUCCUAAGGAAGUCUUCCAUGACCUAAUGUCCUGUGUCUCCAUGGAGAACCUCCAGGACAGAGCUGUCCACAUCCGCAAAGUCCUGCUGUCACUACCCAGCAACACCUUGGUUAUCAUGAGAUACCUGUUCGCUUUCCUCAACCAUCUGUCCCAGUACAGUGAUGACAACAUGAUGGACCCCUACAACCUGGCUAUCUGCUUCGGCCCCACACUCAUGUCUGUGCCUGAGGGCCACGACCAAGUCUCCUGCCAGGCACAUGUGAAUGAGCUCAUCAAAACCAUUAUUAUCCAUCAUGAGAGCAUCUUUCCAGGGCCCCGUGAGCUGGAGGGGCCCAUCUAUGACCAUGGAGGAGCCACUGAGGAAUACUGUGAUAGUCCACACAUUGAGCCCCCCCUAGUGGAUGAACCUGCUCCUGACACCACCUCUGAAAUCCACAACAGCGAUGAUGUAAAGUCAGGGUCCUUGAACGUUUCAGAGUCUGACCCCAUCGAGGCCAUUGCACGUUUUGACUACUCUGGACGCACCAACCGCGAGCUUUCCUUUAAGAAGGGGGCGUCUUUGCUGCUGUACCACCGUGCAUCUGAUGACUGGUGGGAGGGUCGCCACAACGGCACAGAGGGACUCGUGCCGCACCAGUACAUUGUAGUGCAGGACAUGCCUGAUGGAUAUGCAGGCAGAGGAAGUCCCAAAGCUGACCUAGAGGCAUCCCAUGAUGCUGUGGAAGAGAAAGUGUCUACCAGAGCCAGUGCCAGUUCACCCAUUGGAGGUCAUGUGGCUGAUAUAUACCUAGCUAACCUCAACAAGUUGAGGAAACGUCCAGAAGCAACCAGCAUCCGGAGAACAAUCCGGGCAGUGGAGGGGCUUGGUGAGGGCUCAUCCGGAGCAGCAGGGGGUUUAAAGACCUCCUCCAUGCCUGCAGGUGGACUGGCCAAGGAGGGGACAGACAAGCGACCAGUCAGCGCUCACAGCGUCCUGAACUCCAUCACUCGACACUCGUCUCUGAAGACUAAGGUGGAAGGUCCUCAGCUCCGUAAGUCCACGCCUGCAGGACGAUCCAAGAGUUUCAGCAAUCACAGACCACUGGACCCGGAGGUCAUCGCUCAGGUGGAGCACAGCUCACAGGACAUUGAGGCCACUAUGAACACAGCUCUAAGUGAUCUCCGAGAGCUGGAGAGGCAGAGCAGCGUCAAACACGCUCCUGACGUUGUGCUUGACACUCUAGAGCAGCUAAAAAGCGGCGGGGCUUCUGAACCCUCCAGCCCGCUUCAUUCCCGCCUGCUCCGUGAGGCCGACUCCUCCCAGCAUCCUCUGCAGCGCAGCGCCAGUUCGGCCAGCGACAUGCCCUCCACCUUCCGGCCCGGCAAGAGUGCCAGUCCCAAGAGCCCUCUUUCUUCAAUGUCUACCACAGGUCUAUCUGCUUCCGGCUCCACCUUCAGAGAUAACAAACCUCCAGCCACCAAACCCAAGCCUGUUGUGUUCCCAAAAAGCAGUUCGGCCGGGGGCAGUCCAGCGAUGGGAUCCCCAACCACCACCAUACCACCAACACCACCACCCCCUCCGCCGCCCACCGACAAGUCCUGCCCGGUCUGAGGGUUCACAGCCUCGAUCCGCGAUCUGUUUCUUAGUAAUUCCAAGAGCACCCUCUGAUGCUGAUUUUUUUGGAUCUAUUUGGACAAUUUAACUGACUCAAACUGAUAUCGGAUGCUUGCGUGAGUGAGCAUGAGUGUGGGUGUGGAAUUAAUAAACAUAUGUGGAAAUAUUGAAGUGAUUUUACAGCGCUGUUUUAGUUUGGAUUGAGACAUGGACAUCAGCAAUCCCUCUUUUCUAAUCCCAAAUUAGUGGUUUGGAGUUUUUCCCGCCUGUAUAGACUGAUUUUAUGGGAAAGGGGUCAGACUUUGAGGACAAACAAGCAGUAGAUAUGCUUUCCGAGGACACUUUGGUGCUGGUGCACCUUGAAGCAGGUCACAACAUCGCAGUGAAUAGAACAAAAAUUCCUUGUCACAUGACACCUCCAACAUAACUUUUUCUACAGAUUCUUCACAUCUGUUAUACAAUAAUCACUAGUUACAGUUCAUUUAUCACCAUAUAAUCCACAUUGGCAAAGUUUCUGCUUCUUUUUUAGCUAAUCCUGCCAUCGACGGGCACCUAAACAUGACAAAUAACGGUGAAAGAACAUCUUUGCAUGAGGAUUCACAAGAUAUUUGCAUGGCGAACACGGCUCCCCUAACAAACGGAUUCAUUUCAUACCGGUCAAAAGCACUUCUGAAAUUAUUAACAGUCUAACAUGUCAUUUUAUUGUACUAUUAUAUCUAUCAGUGGGCACAUAAAAGAGGGUGUUGUUUUGUAUUAGUUUAAUAAUGAUUAUAACUGGAAAAAAAAUGUCUAAAAAUGUGGAAUGUCAGGCAAGCACAUAAUUUCUUCAUUGCCCGUGUAUAAAAAAACAAAAACGGAUAAAAUAAAAAUAAUUUUAUUUAAUUUUCCCUAUAGGUUAUUACUCACCUCUGGGUCUGUAUCAUGAUAUAUAUGUAUUAGUAUGUGUGUUUAAGUACAGUAUGUAUAUUCUGAAUCUUAGCAGCCUAACAUCAGUUGUUGUUUUUUUUUUAGAGAUUUAUGGCUUUACAAUGCAAAAAGGGAAAGACUUCGAACAGACUAAAGGGGGACACAUGCAAAAACGUAGCUCAGUUUUUCACACUCAGAAAGGAUAAAGCGUGCAAAAAGCCUCUUUAAUGUCUGACAAUCUGCCUGUCCAAAUAGCUAAAUGUCCCUCACACGGUCUGCCUGAUUAUGCCUUCGACAGAAUGGAUCGGACAAGUCUGUAUUUUCCUAAGUGAGGCCUUAUUAUCCGAGAAAAUGAGUUGUGGUGGUUGGCGCAAGUAGCCUGCUUCACUUUGAAGCAUUACAAGCCUUGUACAGUCUCACAUGCAUGACUGAGCGUGACUCCUGGAAAAUAUCUACGGACAGACCAAGAUGUUUAUGACAGAGGCAUUUUUUCCCCCAAGUGACGUCAGGUUUUUUUUUUUCCCCUAACGUGUUGUCGUGUUCUGAAAAUGUCUUCACAGGUGGUUACAUUUGUUCAUGUGUUAAUGAUUGGAAGUAUUCUGUGUGUGUUGUUCCUGAUACCUCAUAAAGGCAACUGGAAACUGUCUUAUUGGAGUUCUUUUGUGGGCGGGACUUUUACAUGCAAAUGACAGCAGGUAACUCAUGGUGUGUGUUUAAUGUGUAAUGUUAAUAGUAUGCUGUUGGCCGAGGCCUCUGUUUACACACAAAAUGUUUUCUUUCAUUGAGUAAAUUGAAAUCAAUCAUUAUACACUUGAAUCUGCAUUGUAUGUUUGUGAACAAAUUAAGUGAGGGUGAUUUUCUUUCUUUUUUUUGUAAUCAUAACUAUUGUUAAAAUGUAAUUCCUGUCCAUUUGAAGCAAGACUGUAAAAUGAAUCGUCUUGUCAGAUAUAUUUAUAGUUGUCCAUUCAGAUAUCUGUUACCAGAGAAACCUGUGUUCAGAUGUACUUUGUAUAUACAAUUGUGUACAUUACAGAGGUACAUUCUUUUUCUUUUCCUUUUUUUCCCCCUAUUUUGUUUGUGGGUUUUUUUUCUUUUUGGUACAAUAUUGUAC